AGCCUUCCCACGAUGCCCAGAAGAGGUAACCACCUGCUUCUCGUUACAAAGGACAGCUGCAAUCUUUGGGAGAAUUUCCUGCCUGGGAGUCUGGAAACUGCCAAGAGUGAAAAGCUGCAGCCAGCCAGCGAGGCCUCUGUUGUCGUUGGCCCAAACAACAACAAAAACAGCCACCACCACCACCACCACCACAACAAAACAGGCCACGUGUGCUCGAGCACACACAAACACGCCCACAGAACCAACCAAACGGACAAGGCUUCAAGGAGAAGCUUCUGGGCUGCACGUUCCGGCAGCAAGGCCUGUCCCUUGGCACGGGGCCAUGGCAGCCCAGUUCCCAGCCCCCCACCAUCUGUCAUCAGCACUCUGCCUACUGUAAGUGUGCCGACACAGUACACGGAGGCUAACAAGUAGCAAAUGGAGGGGA